AUGAGCUUUGAAAGGUUGAAGCCCUGCCAGGUCCAGGCCUGGCAUUCAUCGCCUACCCCAAGGCUUGGCCUCGACAGUCAGUUUGUGGAGGUGGAAGGGCAGAUCACAUCACUGGUGGAUCUGUAUCCAUCCUUCCUAAGGAAGGGUUACCGCAGAGAGGUCUUCAUCGCUAUCAUCUGCUGCAUCAGCUACCUGCUCGGACUCACCAUGGUGACCAAGGGUGGCAUGUAUGUUUUCCAGCUGUUUGACUACUAUGCAGCCAGCGGUAUGUGCCUUCUGUGGGUGGCAUUCUUUGAAUGUGUAGCUGUUGCCUGGGUAUAUGGCGUUGAUAAUUUCUACGACGCGGUUGCGGACAUGAUUGGCUACAGACCAAAUGCUUGGAUGAAAUGGAGCUGGACUGUUGUCACUCCUUUACUGUGCAUGGGCUGCUUUAUCUUCUCCCUGGUCAAAUACAAGCCACUGACGUACAACAAGUCCUAUGAGUAUCCUGACUGGGCCAUUGGCGUCGGCUGGACUCUGGCCCUGGCCUCCAUGAUCUGCAUCCCCAUGGUGGUUGUCAUCAAGAUCAUUCGAUCUGAUGGGCCGCUCAUUGAGAGGAUUAAGGCAGUGGCAGCCCCGGUUCAUGGUGGGGCCAGCUCCCGUCCUGCAGACCCACAAGGCCUGAAGGAGCUCUCCUACCCGCUGAACCCCAAUGGGAACAAGGACCUAAUGAUGAAGGCCCCCACCCACACCAUUGUAGAAACCAUGAUGUAAAGGAAUGAGGUGGAAGCUCUCUAUGAGACCGCUCUCCUCUCCUCUCUUGUCUUUGCUUCUAAAGCUAGCUAACUUUCUAUCUGUCUGUCUGUUGGACUGAGAAGGGUUUUAAGAAACAAAAUGGUCCAGUUUCAAAUCUUUUAAAAAUACUUUGGAUGUAGUUUACUGUUAGUGGAUGAAGAGACUAGUAGUCACAUUUUAAAUCUGUUGUUGAAUUACUCACAAGCUGUUGUUUUCCAACUACAUGUCCCGCUGUUGUCUCAUUUAAAGGCAGAGUGGCACAUUAGUACCAGCUUCUGUUUGUUCCACCAGAUAGAAAGUGGUGAUUGAGUCUUGGAAUCAAAUAGCCUUUUGUAACCAUAAUAUGAAAAUGUUUCCUACAUUAAUCAUACUGUAGAACACCAAAAGCAGGUACCUGGGCUGUUUAUGUAAAACACAACAGCUCUGUGCCUGUGAUACUAUGAAGAGGGAGCACUUUACUGAAGGUAUGUGCCAUAGGGUUCAGCUCCUCCACAAUGUUCUGUAGAGGCCCAGCUGAGGUGAAGUGGGGGACUGAGGCACUACAGGUGCAGCUAAAAACACCUUUUUACUCAUCAUUAAAACUGUAAUCAAAAACUCUGAAAAGCAUCUUGUUGUUUUAGCUGCACAAGGCAAGACUAAUAAAGAUUAAUGUGGCAGUCACAGGGAGAGGCAUUUGAAAGGAUAUGACGUGUGGAGGUUGAACCCUGGUUAAGUGUGAUGUCAGUGGUGUACUGUACAGUAGUAGUUAAUCAGUCUGUAUCUCCAUCUCUCUCUGUCCUAGUUUACAGUGCAUUAGUGAGUGCACUAGAUGUACACUUAUGGAUUGGAUUGAUUUUCUUUUCUACAGAGUAACUUAAUGGACAUUAAUAUUAGUUUUUCCUCUGUUGAUGUUUAGUUUUUUUUUUAUUAUGACUAAUGUUAUUGGUAUUCACAAUGGAUGAUGAUUGCUGUAGUUUAACAUAGAGGAAGGAACACUUGUUUCAUCUGGUGAAAAUACAAAGCUAACAAAUGACACAUUUACAGUGGCAGCCAUUGUAAUAUAGUCUUCAACUUGUAUUUCUUCAGUGUUGGUCCCAACAAUGAUUCCAUCCUUACAUGCAGUUUCCCAGAUACUUUUUCUUGUAGGGCUGUGGGUUAAACAUUCAGUGAGCUAAACUGGGAAGUCUACAAUGGUUCCAUCAGUAAGUCGCUAUGUUUUGGUGGUUUUAGCUUUUCAUUUUCUGUAAAUAUCAGGUGACAGUAUUUCAUUUGGUCAGACAGGGCACAUAGCCAGUAGGUGGGUUUCCAUCCAUAUGAGUUUCUGGAUAUUUUCCAUUUCUACUUAAAAAAGAAAAUGUAGAGUAGUGGAGUAGAGACGCCUGAAAUUCAAACAAAAUUUGAAAUAUUGCAAAAAAACAAAACAAAAACAAAAACAAAUUAGGCUUGGGUAGAAAAGUUUCUGUAUCCAUCAAAUCAAGAUGUGACAAAGUGCAAUGCAAACUAAUUAGGACGUAGCCUACUUGAAACAUAGUUAAAUGUCCACAGAAGAGAUGAAGAUCUGUGCGGAGUGAUGAAGAAUGCAGUGAUUCUCAAAUGAUUACCUAAUACAAACGACAAGGCCAUGUUUGUCUUGGUGACCUUGUUGCACCCACUUCUUCUACAGUGGUUUAAUGGUAACACACCUCCAGCUGUUUAUCUUGAUGCAACAACUCCUACAAUCCAUAUAUCCAUAUAUUUGCAUUGUCUUUUGCCAGUUUUCUCAAAAUUUUCGUACAAUUUGUGCUACAUUUGGAUGGAAACCGACCUGGUGGUUAAGCAACAUUUCAGCAACUCAGUGAUCCAAGCAGCCAUUGGUGGGCUGAUACUCUCAGACUGUCGACUUGCCUGUGUGUCACGUUCCUUUCCAGACACCGUGACAUGUGGCAGGCGCCUGCAGACAAAUUCCAGCCAGUGACAGAGGUAGCCAGGUUGUUUUAACGGCCACCAUGUCACAUCGCUUCACUAAAUGAUCAGAUGAGUUUGGUUUUACAGCGGCAGUAAGUCAAACUUCAUUUGCAGCCUUUAGACCAAGCUCUCAUGUGUUGGUGCAGGCUACUAAAAGCCCAUGCCAUCAUGCUGAGAGGGUGACAUGACUUCAGAAUCAGAAUUGCGUUUAUUGGCCAAGUAUGUUUAAACACACAAGGACUUUUGACCCUGGUACAGAGGCUCUUAAUGUGCCUGUAAGUCGGCAAGAAAAUAGGAAAAUCUAUGUAUUUAAAAUAAGAAAGAGAAUAGGAGGCAAAAAGAAGAAACAGUGGAUGUCUAAAUAUAUACACACACUGUGGCAGAGGAGCUUUCAGAUUGUUUUGUACAAUAGUUAUAUUUAUUGUGCGAUUUGCAGUAUUGCACUGGGGGCUGUUGUCCAGUCAUACAGUCGUGGGUUAAGUGUUCAUCAGAGUGAUGGUACAGAGAAAGAAACUGUCCUUGUGUCUGGUUGUCUUAGCGUACAGUGACUCUGCGAUGCAUUAACUGUGUCUGUGGCAGAUUUGGCAGACGGACUACAUUACAUUCUUCAUGAUAACAAGGGGCCAUAAUGUUACGAUGUGAAUCGUUAGCAACUCGCAGCAGGCUAUGUGAGCAGUAUGACUGUUAGAUUCAUUUUAAUGUCUGUGUAACAAGGGUUUCCCAUGCGUCACCAGCGGUCAUCCACUCAGGAACUCGUCUCUAGUGCUUUUAUCUACUGUAUAGCUACAUUAUUAACCCAGCAUCCA